CAUCACACGAUCGAGCCGAUUUAUGGAGGCGAGAUGGACUCAGGCGAGACGCAGUAUCUCUUCAAAGAGACUCGCGUGAAUCUCGAGCCUCCAGCUCCUUCCAACGUUGUCACCAUCCGAGUACCCUCUAAUUCGAUCCACGGUCGGGGCCAUCGCAAACCAGCACGAGACGGUUCGGGCGAGGACGAGACAAGCUUUCGAUUAAAGACCUUGGCGACAUCGUCGUCCAUCUACCAUCGGCAAUGGCACGACACGCCGCGCAGCUUUCUGUGGCGGAUCCUUGAGGAUGGCACUCUGUUGAGCAUCCGGGCUGUUGAUGUCUGCAAAAAGACCCAGGCCGCUGAUGCACCUCUGGUGCUCAACUUCCACUUUUCCGUGCCUAUCCAGCCGGAGUGCGUGGCUUUCUCAGACCCAGAAGAGCAUGAUUCGCUCUGCGUAUUCGUCCUCGACCAGGCAUACCAGCUUUACAGCUUCACCCUGCGGCCCGACCUGUUCAGGAAGAGGGCUGCUGUUGAUGCUGGGCUCUCAGAGCUGGGCAAAGUUCAGGCGCCAUCAGGCCUAGGCUUCAAGAGCCCUCACCGUAUGGUGGCUGUGACGGCGGAGACGCUCCUUGUGACGGUCAACGACGGUGGAAUGAUCCGUCUGGACAAGAACAAGUCCCACGAACCAUCUGCGCCCCUUUGGACCGAGUCAUUCUUCAAUGUGCAAGGAUGGGCCCAGAACCUCCGAAGCCUUUUGCCCUUCCAGGGAAAACACACGAUAAAGCAUGGCAAGGUCAACAUGGAAUACAGCUCAGCCACGUCGGUCGAGGUCACCAGUUUUGGGCUUGAUGAUGCUCUCUUUGCCAUCACUGUCUGCCUGGAUCACAGGAUGCGUAUCUGGAACAUUAACGACGGCCAGAUCCUAUACACGGGGGACAUUCUGAACGCCGAAAGGAACCCGCAAGAGAUUGGCAAAUGGGCCAUUGACCCUUCUCAAUCCAACUUGGUCCAAGUUACUGGACGGAACCGAGGACAACGUAUCUGUGCGACCUUCUCCCCUAUCGGCGCUGGAGAGUUCAAGUUCUGGAAGAUCAUCGCCAAGGACCCCCACACCAUCAUUGUCGAAGACCUUUCUCCCAGCAACGCCUUGGUCCCGGUCACGCCGUCAUCCUCAGAUGUAUGGACUCUUGCUGAUUUCAUUCUUUCAUCCCCUGCUGAGAGCUCUAUCCAACUUUGGACCCUCUGGAAGAACAAUAUUACCUACAGGGUGCAGAGACUCGAGGUGGACCGUAAGAACAUCUCGCAGAGUUGGGAUGAGAGUUGGGACGGUGUCUAUGCGGACCCCACGGUUGAGAUUGCAGAGGAGUCCGGACCCUGGGAUCCAACCGACGUCACUGAGAAGUGGCUGCGAAUCAUUCUCAAGCCAGGUCGUUUCACAAAGGCUACACUCGAAAUAGCCUUGACGAUCUAUGAGCGCGGACUAGGAACCACAAGAGAGUUUGCCAAGGGUCGUGGAUUGGCAGAGUCGAUAUGCUCCGUCCUUGGUGCUGCCUCGACCUUGGACCGAGCCUCAUCUGGAGCUAUGGACUAUGCGGCAUUCCGAGCGUCCAGCGAGUCACAAUGGAAGAGGUUUUACCGACUGCUGCUUGAGAUGGAUAAGCAACGAGGAGAAGCUAUCGGCCUCUCCCUGGAUCCUAACACAGACUUGACUUGGGUGGUCUGCGCAGACUUUGUCUCAGCCAUCAGAGACUGCAGCAACCUGGAGCGACUCUGCUAUAACCUCUCCACACCUGAGGUGGAUCACGUCGCUCAUGCUGCAUUGCUCGCUUCAGGCCUUAGCUUUGUGGAUGGACUCGCGGAUAAGUACACACAGGUCUCAGAGGCCGUGCUUCGACAUGAGUUGUUUGAGGAUUCAUCCAAGACGGAUCUUGAGAGAAUCCAAUACUUCUCCGACAAGUCUGGAUUCUGGCGGGGAGUCUCAGACGAUGAUGCCUAUCAGGUCACGGAUACGCUCGGUCAGAACUUUAAGACAGUGACAGAUGAGCUCUACGCCGAUGUGAUGAACCUCAUCACCGCACCAGCAGAAACCAAGACCCGAAACCUCAGACACCCUUUGACCGAAUUUGGAAGAAAACUGGUUGUCAAGGCAGUUCAGGACAGCAUUGAGUUGCAAUGGAGGGCAUACUUCAGCCAGCUCAUUCUUCUCGUGCAUAUGGAGUUCGAGUUUGAUAAUGAAGCGGACGCUCUCCACCACCGCGUCGACAUUGGACACGUCUUUAGACAACUCGUGGCGGCUCUCCGAAGGCUAGAACUUCUCAAGUGGCUUGCUCACACAGAGCUAUCAGUAGCCAACAGCCGGGAGAAGAGCGAAACUGGCACUACCUCCAAAAAGAGCGCCGAGGAUGCUCAGUUGGUGACGGCUCUCGAGGUCAACCUGGGACAUCUCCUUGGGUUCGCCAACAAGAACGAGUCACUCGCUAUUAGCAUCACCGAUCUCGUCACAAACCUAUGCGCGCCAGAUAGCGAUAUCGAGGUCUCGCCAUCGCUCAUCCAGUGCUCCCUCAUCAAGAGAGAAAGGGCAGACUUGGCUCUUGAUCUGGCCCCCUUCUGUGAUCAGAACCCCUUUCCCACCUACAUCCAGGGUCGUGUGCUACUAGCACUCAACGACUUCAACGCUGCUGCCAUCAACUUCAAAAAGGCAGCCAUUGGCAUGAGUGCUGAGAAUAUCGAAAGUGACCGCCACAGCAGCGGCCUACUUGACGAUACAGAGUGGAACCUUCUGAACCACGGGCCUGCUAAGUACUACUCGCACAUCGUCGCUCUGUUUGAGAAACAAAAGGCCUACUCGUACGUGGUUGAGUUUGCCCGUCUAGCGAUACAAUUCUUGGGUUUCAAACAGGAUGCCACCUUCACCAAGACGGACAUGCAAAGCCGGCUAUUCAACGCCGCAGUGGCGACAUCGCAGUUUGAACUCGCCCACACCACCCUGCUGUUGAUUAAGGAUCAGGCUAUGAGGUCUUCCAGCCUCCGCAAGCUCGUCGACAGAAUGUGCGAGACAUACCACACCAUCGAACUUGUGGCUCUGCCCUUCCCUGGCUUGCAACAACAGGUGGAUGAAAUUCUAGCACAAAAGUCCAAGGCUACCUUGGAUGUCACGGAAGGGUUCCCUUACCAUCAGGUGCUCUACUCGUGGCGGAUCAAGCACAACAACUACCGUGGUGCGGCCUCGGUGGUGCUGGACCGGAUUCACAAGCUCCGGGGCGCUAGCGAGGGGGAUGAGGUGACAGGGGAGGACAUUCUCGACACUCCCAUCACCAGACAGUACCUUUUGCUCAUAAACGCUCUCAGCUGCGUGGAGCCCAAGCAGGCUUGGAUCUACGACGAGCCAACGGUACCGACGACAGGAUUUGGGCGGAAGAGCGAGGGGGCUGGAAAGCGCAAGGUGGUGUCCUUGGCGGAUAUCCGGAAGCAGUAUCAGGAUGAGCUGGACCGGAUCGCGGCCAUUCACAACAACCAGUUUGGAUUCGAGGCGGACGAUGUCAUGGAAAUUGUAUGA